GCAAGUGGUGCCAAGUUGCAUCACAAGAUUACAAAAAUAAGGCCUAAAAUGACUGCCAUUAAUGGUGGUGUGCAAUUAACCACUGCCCAUAUCUUCAUGGAGUCCCCAAAGAUAAUAACACAGUGAUACUUAUCAUAAAAAAAAAAAAUUAGUCAACACCUCCUAUUCAUUCAUCUCCUUCCCCCUCUUUCUAAUCCAACAAGAAAUGGCGACAGUCAACAUGGCUGGGUACGAUAGAGCAACCGAACUCAAAGCUUUCGACGACACAAAGGCUGGUGUUAAAGGCCUCGUUGACGGUGGAAUCACGAAGGUUCCUCGGAUAUUUCAUCAACCACCCGGGAAACUCAAGAAAAUACCUGUUUCAAAAGAUUCCCAGUUCGGUAUACCGGUCAUAGACCUUGAAGGAGCGAAGCAAGAUCCGACUACUCGAAAGGAAAUAGUGGAUAAAGUCGGGGACGCGUCAAAGAAACUUGGUUUUUUCCAGGUGAUCAACCAUGGAAUUCCAGUUAGUGUCUUGGAGGAGAUGAAGGAUGGUGUGAGGAGGUUUUAUGAACAAGAUGAUGAAGCGAAAAAGCAAUAUUAUACUCGUGAUUAUACGAAACCGGUGGUUUAUAACAGCAAUUUCGAUCUGUAUACUGGUUUAGCGGUCAAUUGGAGAGAUACAUUCUUCAGCCUUAUGGCUCCAAAUCCCCCUAAGAUGGAAGAUCUGCCAGCAGUUUGCAGGGAUAUAAUGGCGACGUACUCGAAACAAGUGCAGAAUUUGGGUGAUUUGCUGCUGGAGUUGCUUUCUGAGGCUCUUGAGCUGAACCCUGAUCACUUGAAAGACAUCGAUUGUGGCAGGGGGCUUGCCAUGCUAUGCCAUUACUAUCCAGGGUGUCCUGAGCCAGAAUUAGCAUUAGGAACAAGUAAACACACAGACAAUGAUUUUUUCACUGUGCUUCUGCAAGAUCAUAUUGGUGGUCUCCAAGUACUUCAUGAGGAUAAAUGGAUUGAUGUACCUUAUUCUCCGGGGGCCCUAGUGAUUAACAUCGGCGAUCUUUUACAGCUUAUAUCAAAUGAUGCUUUCAUAAGCGUGGAGCAUAGAGUGCUGGCAAGCUCGUUGGGACCGAGAGUUUCGGUGGCAUGUUUUUUUAGCACUUCGGUCAUGUCGGACUCGAGACUAUAUGGACCGAUCAAGGAGUUGUUGUCGGAAGAGAAUCCUCCGAAAUACAGGGAAACCACAGUGAGAGAUUAUGUUGUGUACUCCAACGGAAGAGGCCUCGACGUCGACGGUACUUCUUCCUUGCUGCAUUUCAGGUUAUGAUCCCAUGAACAUGAUGCCAUUUGGAGGAUUCAAGACAAGGAUGCCAUGGUUGAAUAGUCCGUUCAAACAAAUCUUCUCUCAAUAGUUGUUAGUCCUACAAGAUCUGAGUAGUCCGUAGCACGAAAGUAAACAUAGAGAUUUGAAAAGUGGAUAUCAAUA